CCCAUCGCAAACCAAACCAAACGAAACUCUCCUGCCCGUCAAUUCUCACAAUCAACAUUCAAUAGAGCCUCAGCUGAUGUAACCACACCUCACUCCAAAUAUCGAAACGAGGCUGAGAAAUCGAAACACCACACCCGCACGCACACAACACACACACAUCACUGCCGGGCUGCCCACCCUUCCUCCUUCAAAAUGACAUCACCGGACGCCCCCGAAUCCCAGCCUGCAGCCAUCAACUAUGUCGCCGGCUUCCUCCUCGUCGGCCUGGCGUGGGGCUUCACGACCCCGUUUAUCCGCCGCGCCGCAAAGGACCACAACCCGCCCCCGCACCCGGUCCUCGACACCGACGCCGUCAAGAACAGCUGGCUCCGGAGCCGGGUGUACGGCGCCUUCUUCGGCGUUGUCGAUCUGCUGCGAAACCCGCGGUAUGCCGUGCCGCUACUGAUUAACUUGACCGGAAGUGUUUGGUUCUUCCUACUCAUCGGGCAAGCUGAAUUGAGUUUGACGGUCCCCAUUGUCAACACCUUGGCGUUCCUCUUCACUGUCAUUGGAGACUGGUGGGUUGAGAAGAAGGUCAUCAGUCGAGAAACCUUGGUCGGCAUGGUGUUGUCUCUUUCAGGCAUAGCGUUAUGCGUGCACAGCAAAACGAAGUAUUGAUUCUGAACCUCUAUGGCUUUUGGGGGCCGCUUUUUUUCCGAGAAGAGACAAGGUGCAUGCAGGAGAUCUGUGUAAACCGCUGUCUCGCUCGAGGUGCAUAAUGCAAGAUGUGGUGUUUGGCAUUUUCGGCCCAUGUAGAAUAUGUGUAAUAAAUAUAUACAGUAGAAGCGAAC